CAGUAGUGUUAAUUUGCAUUUCUAAAGCUCCCCUUCUGGCUGCCUGGAAUGAAGCUUCUAUUCCAAGGCGGCUGUGGGAUGACUCAUACGUGGACCCCCCCACCAUCUGGAUUUCUCAUUCCCAAGCCUUGGCCAGAUGGAGGAGGAGGAAAAGCCUUGGAGAUCCCAAAUGAGGAGGGGCUGCAAACCCAGCCCAGGGAGCUGCAUGGAAGAAGGACCCACCCUGUCCCAGGAAGGUAGCAGGAAGUCCAGCAGGAGCUCAGAGCUGGUGGAGAAGCCUCAUGGUAGGGAGAAACGGUACAAGUGCUUGGAAUGUGGAAAGGCUUUCAGCCACAGCUCCAGCCUGAUCCGGCACCAGGUGAUCCACACUGGGGAAAAGCCCUACGGGUGUGGGCAGUGUGGGAGGAGCUUCAGUGACAGCUCCAACCUGGUCCGGCACCAGCGGGUCCACACUGGGGAAAAGCCCUACGAGUGUGUGGAAUGUGGGAAGAGCUUCAGCAGUAGCUCUAACCUUAUACAACAUCAAGGGAUCCACACCGGGGAGCGGCCCUAUGACUGUGGGGAAUGUGGCAAGAGCUUCAGAAGCAUCUUUAUCUUGAUGCAACAUCAGAGGAUCCACACUGGGGAAAAGCCCUAUGAGUGUGGGGAAUGUGGGAAAAACUUCAGCCAGAGUUCCAGCCUGAUCAGUCAUCAGGUGAUCCAUACAGGGGAACGGCCCUACACUUGCUUGGAAUGUGGAAAGAGCUUUGGGUGGAGGUCUGAACUGAGAAAACAUCAGCUCAUCCACACUGGGGAGAGGCCCUAUGAGUGUCCCAAGUGUGGGAAGAGGUUUAAGACCAGCUCCAAUCUCCUCCUACAUGAGCGGAUUCACACAGACGAGAGGCCCUUCCGCUGCCCCGACUGCGGGAAGGGCUUCAAGCACAACUCCAACCUCACCGUCCACCGGCGCAUCCACACUGGGGAGAGGCCCUACGAGUGUCCCCAGUGUGGGAAGAGCUUC